CUGGAGCCUAUCACAGACCCUCAGCUGCUCUGUGUACUGAAGCCGACCAUAAUGCGUGAAAUUGUGCAUCUGCAGAUUGGACAAUGUGGCAACCAGAUCGGCUCAAAGUUUUGGGAAGUGAUCAGUGAAGAACAUGGGCUGAAUGCAACGGGCAUGUAUGAGGGGGACAGCAGCCUCCAACUGGAGAGGGUCAACGUCUACUUCAACGAGGCUCAUGGAGGUAAAUACGUCCCUAGGGCCCUGCUUGUUGACCUGGAGCCCGGUACGAUGGACAGUGUAAGAGGAAGUCGCAUCGGAGCCCUUUUUAGGCCGGACAACUUCAUCCACGGGAACUCAGGAGCUGGGAAUAACUGGGCGAAGGGCCACUACACAGAGGGUGCGGAGCUGGUGGAGCAGGUGAUGGACAGGGUGAGGCACGAGAGUGAGAGCUGUGACUGCCUGCAGGGCUUCCAGCUGGUUCACUCCCUGGGCGGAGGAACCGGCUCCGGCAUGGGAACCCUCCUCAUCAACAAGAUCCGAGAGGAGUACCCUGACCGGAUCGUCAACAGCUUUAGCGUGGUGCCCUCCCCUAAGGUCUCUGACACGGUGGUGGAGCCCUACAACGCCACCCUGUCAAUCCACCAGCUGCUGGAGAACACGGACGAGACCUUCUGCAUCGACAACGAGGCCCUCUACGACAUCUGCUUCCGUACCCUGAAGCUGACCGCGCCUACUUACGGGGACCUCAACCACUUGGUCUGCAUGACCAUGAGCGGGGUCACGACCUCUCUCAGGUUCCCUGGACAGCUCAACGCAGACCUCAGGAAGCUGGCUGUCAACAUGGUGCCUUUCCCUCGCCUUCACUUCUUCAUGUCAAGCUUUGCCCCCCUGACGGCCCGGGGCAGCCAGCAGUACCAAGCCCUCACGGUGCCUGAGCUCACCCAGCAGAUGUUUGACGCCCGCAACAUGAUGACGGCGUGCGACCCGAGGAGGGGGCGCUACCUCACUGUUGCUGGCAUCUUCCGAGGGCGGAUGUCCACCAAAGAGGUAGACGAGCAGAUGCUUGCAAUGCAGAAGAAAAACAGCAACUACUUUGUGGACUGGAUCCCCCAUAACUGCAAGGUAGCAGUGUGUGACAUCCCACCUCGGGGGCUAAAAAUGGCCUCCACCUUCAUCGGGAACAACACAGCCAUUCAGGAGAUUUUCCGGCGUGUUGGGGAGCAGUUCACCUUGAUGUUUAGACGGAAGGCUUUUCUUCACUGGUACACUGGGGAAGGUAUGGAUGAGAUGGAGUUCACAGAGGCAGAGAGAAACCUCAAUGACCUGGUGUCGGAGUACCAGCAGUACCAAGAGGCCACCUCUGAUCUAGAUUUGGGAGCAGAGGAUGAAGAAGAGGAGGGACCCUCAUCACCAGUGACAAUGAAAAGUCAGUCCCAGGUGGACGUUCAACUGGAAAAAGUGAAUGAAACGAGCGAAGGCACAGAGGGAUGAGUGGAAGACGUAUUGUGUGGUGUUAAGGUUUGAACCCUUGUUGGAGCAAUGUGGAAAACUCAAGUGGAACUGUUGGUCUGAAAAGGAACUGUUUUAUUUUGUAGUUUUCUUGUGCUUUGUUUGAAUUAGACAGUUGAGACUUAAUCAGGAUUUUACAUAUUUAACAAGAGUGCUUAUUAUCUCUUAUGAAUUAUUCUAAAAUAUGUAUGAUUGUGUUUAAAACAUAUGUUUAGUAUGUUCUUUCUUUCUUUCUUCUAUAAUGGAGGUUUUUUGCGUGUUUAUGGGACCUAAAGUGUGGACAAAUGUAUGUUAUGCCAGCUUUUUAUAAUUCACAGCCAUUAAAAUAAAUUGUGAUUUUCCAUUAUCCUAUUAGAGUAAAUGUUGCAUUGAGUGGCUUUCUACCUAAUAUAAGUUAUUAAGGCAAUUAAAACCAAUAACAUAAAAGAGUGAUUUUUUGUUAUUGAGAGUACACAUUAAUACAAUAAUAAAAAA